AUGAGUGACACUAUAGAAUGGUGCAACAACUCCUGCACAUUUUGUGACAAAGCCUUAGGAGCCUUUAAUGAUUCUUUGUAUUGUUCGGAAGAAUGCUUGCGCAAUGAUGCUCUAAAUCAUCAUCCACUUCUUGGCUAUGACUAUGCUGAAUUCAAGAAUUUCCCUCGCAAUGCCACCACAUCCUUCGUUUUACCAAGGCUAUCAUCAUCAUCAUCAUCAUCAUUCUCUUCUACAACAUCUUCACAUUCGAGUCCCAUGACACCACCAUCCGACAUGGUGAUCAAUCCACUAUUUGAUAAGAUUUCACCCCCAGCAUUCAACAUGGGCAUCUCAGCUCAACAAGCUCCUCCUCCUCAUGUCUUUUAA